GACUAAACUCUGCCCUUGGACAGAGGACAGCAUCACCCACCAUGACCUUUGACGAGCUCGUGGCCUGGGCCAUCUUCCUCGGCUACUUUGGCGUCAUCUUCGGCAGCUUUGGCUUCGUCGCGGCCUCCAUCGUGUCUGAGCGCAAGGCCGUAGACCUGCUCUCUGGCCGGCCGUUUGUGUUUGCGCGCGCCGCGCUCGGCGGUCUCCUGUGUACAUGGUAUUUCAUGCUCCAGUUCAUGAAGUGGUCGUAUGUCAGCUAUGAGAACCGCAACCCCGGCGCGACGUACGGCGAAUGGCUCGUCGGAACGUCGCUAUUCGAGCAGGCGUGGCGCGCCGUCUGUGUCGGCGACGCACAGUGGUGGUGGAGCUCGUUCAUCUGCACUGCUGCUAUCCUCUUCACCGCGAUUAUCUGGCACCAGUGUAUUGCCAGGGGAAUCAAGUACCCCGUCGCAUACAUGAUCUUCGGGCAGCUCGUUGCCAUCUCGGUCGCCAUCGCGCUCUUCCUCACCGCCGUGUUCAUGCACUCGCCGCUCGAGCCAGCUCGCCGGCCAAAGGCGACCUUGCCUCUGUGGUCGACGCUGCUUGCCGCCCUCGGCGUCAUGUACGUCAUGCCGCAGUAUGCCAACACGCCGACGUUCAUGUACGCUCUCGGUGCCAUCCACGGCGCUGUCGUCCUCCCCCUCUUCGUCAUCCCCAAGAGCACAGCGGGAGCGGCCCUCGCACUCCCCUACAAGGGCUUCAUUCCCCUCGUGCUCGCCCUUGCAGGUGUUAUCCACUGGGACAACACCAAGCGCGUGAUCGACAACCUCCCCGCGUCGGAGAGCAGCUGGUACGAGUACCUCGGCUGGAUCAUUGUGAGCCACCCGGCCCAAGGGUCCGUCUCGCUCGACGUCAUCUGGGUGGCUAUCACCUUUGUGCUCUGGUUCGUUUGCUACGGCCCAACAUACGCGGUCAUUCUCAAGACCGCGCUCGUUGGCAUUGUCGGCGGUGUCGCAGCCGCGCGCUACCUCGGAGUCAACUGGCUCUUCAUUGGAAGUCUCAUCCCGAUCGUGGGGCUGCUCGCGUUCGCGGCUGGCGCUGUGCUCCUCAGCAAGGCUCAGUCUGGCAAUGCCUCCAAGCGCGCAGCUAUUCUCUCCAAGAUCGGUGUUAUCGAGUACGGUGUGAUCCCUGGCACCUCGACCCAGCCGCCGCGCAUGGCGAAGAAGCGCACGGUGGUUGGUUUCUGGCACCCGUUCUGCAACUCGGGUGGUGGCGGAGAGCGUGUCCUCUGGACGGCCAUCGCAUGGCUUCAGCGCACCCACCCCGACGUCAUUUCGCUCGUGUACUCUGGUGACUACCCCGAGGCUUCGAAGGAGGACAUUCUGCAGCGCGUCAAGGACCGCUUUGAGAUCGAGCUGGAUGGCAAGAGACUUCAGUUUAUCCCACUCCCGUCUCGCUACCUCAUCUCGGACUCGUACUGGAAGCGCUUCACACUCUUGGGCCAGUCGCUCGGUAGUAUCUACCUUGCAUGGGAGGGUCUCUGCGGCAAGGACGGCGCCUGGGGAGACAUCUUCAUUGACUCUAUGGGCUACGCCUUCACCCUGCCAUUCGUUCGCCUCCUCACCGGCGGUAACGUGCCCAUCGGCACGUACACGCACUACCCCACCGUGAGCUCGGACAUGGUGAACCGCGUUCGCCAGCGCCAGGAAGGAGUCGAGAACGCGGGUGCGAGCAAGAGUGCUGUCCGCACCUGGAUCAAGCUUGGCUACUACGCCAUCUUUACCCGCCUCUACGCCCUCUCGCUCCUGUUCUCUGAGUACACAAUGACCAACUCGUCGUGGACGCAGGCGCACAUCAAGUCACUGCUCACAUUCGGUCGGUCGUCUUUCGGAGCUGGCCUCCUGCUUCUGGACGACAAGACCCAGGAGAUGCGCGAGAAGCGUGGCGAAUCGACCCCCGAAGACCGAGCCAAGUGCGAGGUCGUCUUCCCUCCCUGCGACACCAAGGAGCUAUCCACCCUUGGCAACCUGGACAAGCGUGAACCAACAUUGGUGUCACUCGCCCAGUUUAGGCCCGAAAAGGAUCAUGCGAAACAGCUCCACGCCCUGAGCAUCUUGUUUGAGGAGUACCCGCAGUACCGCCAAGGGGCAAAGAAGAUCCACCUGACGUUGAUGGGCGGCGCGCGCGGUCCAGCUGACGAGGGUCGGGUGGAGGAGCUCAAGAAGCUGGCCGACAAGCUCGGGAUUGCGGUGAGGAGGCUGUUGUCUACGCAAACACAUCUGACAGUUCAGGACAAUGUGACCUUUUUGGUCAACGCGCCGUACCCCGAAGUCGUUUCGCGCCUCGGUAAGGCGACGAUCGGCCUGAACACGAUGCAGGACGAGCACUUUGGGAUCAACGUCGUCGAGUUCAUGGCUGCAGGGCUCAUUCCCAUUGUGCACGCAUCUGCAGGGCCGUACCUCGACAUUGUUGUCCCAUACGAGGGCCAGAGAACAGGAUUCCAUGCAACCGACGCCAAGUCGUUUGCUGCGGCCAUCCACGAGGCGCUGAGUAUGACGCCGGGACAGCAGCUGGGGAUGCGCAAGGCUGCCAGGGCUUUGGCCGAGGACAAGUUCUCUGAGCGUGCCUUUGAGCGCGGGUUUGAGCGUGGGUGGAACCAGCUUGCACGGGCUGCGUACAAGCGCGGGUCGGAGCAGGUGCAGCUCAAGUAUUAGUCGAGUAUGUGC